AAUCAGACCCGUGCAGGACUCUGCCACAAGGUCAGUUAAAGCUGAAAAUGAGUGCAGUCGGGGAAAACCCCCUGGACCCUGCCGCGUCAGAGUCACGCAAGAGGAAGGGCUCGCCAUGCGACACGUCGGGGGAAAGCGUGGAGAAGCGGAGGCGGGAGUUGGAGUGUCGCUACAUCGAGGAGCUGGCGGAGCUGCUGUCGUCUAACAUGAGCGACAUUGCCAGCCUCAGCGCCAAGCCCGACAAGUGCCACAUCCUCAAGAGCACCGUGGACCAAAUCCAGCUGAUGAAGCGGCGUGCGCUGGAGAAAGCAGCCCUUCUGUCUCCAGAUGAUGAGGUGCAGAAGAGCGACAUCUCCUCCAGUAGUCAGGGUCUGGUGGAGAAAGAGGCCCUGGGGCCCAUGCUGCUAGAGGCCCUCGAUGGGUUUUUCUUCGUCGUAAACCGGGAGGGCCGCAUCGUCUUUGUGUCGGAGAACGUGACGAGCUACCUCGGAUACGCGCAGGGGGAGCUGAUGACCUCCAGCGUCUACAGCAUCCUCCACGUGGGAGACCACAAUGAAUUUGUUCGCAAUCUGCUGCCCAAAAGCCUGGUGAAUGGUGUGCCGUGGCCGCAGGAUUCUGCCCGGAGGAACAGCCACACCUUCAACUGUCGCAUGCUGAAGAGGCCGCCUGACGAGCUGGAUGCAGAGAACACGGAGGCUCGGCAGCAGUACGAGAUCAUGCAGUGCUUCACCGUGUCCCAACCACGGAGCAUGCAGGAGGAGGGAGAGGACCUGCAGAGCUGCCUCAUAUGUAUUGCCUGCCGGAUUCCUCGCACCCAGCCUUUCAGCACUGAGUCCUUCAUCACCAAGCAGGACCCCACAGGGAAGAUCAUCUCCAUAGAAACCAGUGCUUUGCGAGCGACGGGCCGCCCGGGCUGGGAGGAUCUGGUCAGGAAGUGCAUCUACGCUUUCUUUCAGCCGCAGGGCAAAGAGUCCUCCCACGCCAAGAAGCUGCUGCAUGAGGUGAUGACCCACGGCACCGCAAUCAGCCCGUUGUACCGGUUCACGUUAAGUGAUGGGACCCCGCUCAGCGCUCAGACCCGCUGCAAGUUCUGCUGCCCCCCCAACCCUGAUGUUCAGCCCUUCAUUAUGGGCAUCCACACUAUUGACAGGGAACACAACACUGCUAGCUCUCAGGAAAACACUAACCCCAGCCUUCCAACGACCCCCGGCAGCCUAAUCCCCCAGACCCCGUCCCUCCCUCCUCCCGGCAGCAACUGGACCUCAGGCCUCGCCGCCUCCAGCCUCCAACCCCCCAACAACAACACCAACACGUCCCCCUCCCCCCACGGACACAGCCCCACCACACCCGCAGGCUACCUGACGCCCAAUCGGACCUGUCCUCAACAGGUCAGCAGCCCCUCCCCUCUGAUUAGCCCUCUCACAACCACCCCUACCUCUUUUAUGUCACCCAGGAUGCAACGGGGCAGUCCUGGGUCAGGAGGGAGCCCUCGAGUACCGGGGAACCCCUUCUCUCCUUCCACGCCGGGCCUCCAAUCUCCAGUGGAUGGGAGUAGCGGGGGGUCAAGCUUCUCCAUGUCCUCUCCGGUUCUUCAGAGACAAGCCAGUACACCCACCGGCUCUUCAUCUGCAAAACCAGAAGGAGGAGAAAGAUGGGGAGAGGACUAUGUUAAAGCCCCCCUUCCUUCUGCCUCACUACUGGGAAACUCCAGACUCAAUCAGCUCCUGGACAGCAAUGGGAUGAGAGCUGAGUCCAGUAACAACAACAACAACAACAACAGAAUCCAUCGCACCGCAUCACCUCAUCCUCCGAACCUGCCCCCCUCCGCCCCGCAGUGCCCGGCGUCCCACAGCACUCUGACGGAGCGACACAAGAUCCUGCACCGGCUGCUCCAGGACACCAGUCCCAGCGACGCCUCCACGGAGGAAGGACUGAACAAAAACGACGUUGAGAUCAAGAAGGAGCCGCCUGCCAGCCCGGCUCUGAACGCAGCUAAGGCCGGAUCCAGAGAGCCUCAGGACCACCAGCUGCUGCGCUUUCUGCUGGACACAGACGAAAAGGACUUGGGUGACCUGCCUCCUCCAUCAGCUCUCAGCCUGCAGACGGUGAGGGUGAAGGUGGAGAAGAGAGCCAGCGUGGACGGAGGAUCCUGUGUUUCUGCAGCAUCAGGAGGAACGUCUAAAGCUCCAGGAAUCUGCAUCAGCCCCAUAUCCAGUCCUGUGGGAGAGAGCCGCAGAGAGAGCCGCAGAGACAGCAGAGACUCCACGAUGUCUGUAGGUCCUGUUGAUGUGGACCCUCUCUCUCAGCUGCUGCCUGGCCUUAGAGGGGCCAAACAGGGCAGUGAGGAUCCAGCCCCCCCUGGAGGAGGCCACAAACUGCACUCUCCGGCCCCCAAACUCCACUCUCCGGGCCCCCAGCUCCACUCUCCAGCCCCUCUUCUCCACUCUCCGGCCCCCCAGCUCCACUCUCCGGCCCCUCUUCUCCACUCUCCGGCCCCUCUUCUCCACUCUCCGGCCCCUCUUCUCCACUCUCCGACCCCUCUUCUCCACUCUCCGGCCCCUCAGCUCCAGUCCCCUCUGUCCCAAUCCCAGUUGAAGUCUCCGUCCCCCCAGCUCCACUCCCCCUCCCCACAGAUCAGACUGCAGUCCCCCACUCAGCUGCUGCCCGGAGAGAAAAGCACUCCCCGCAACGUAAAUGUGAAGCGAGAGCCCCCCGGCACCCCUAACAGAGGUCUCAGUGAUGGAGGCCUGCAGAGUCAGACAUCCUUUGAUUUCCGCAGCCCUCCCAGUCAGAACCAGAACCAGGGAGACCCCUUCCAGACCCCCAAAGACAGCAGCCCCUUCCCAGAGGCAGAAGUCAUCAACCCCUUCAGUUCAACCACUGGCCUUUCUAAAAUGGAUGUGGGAGACUCCCAGUUCCAGGCUCUGGUUCUGUCUGACGCUUUGUCCUUUGACGGUCUGGGAAUACAAGCUCCCUUGGCUUCACCUCAAGAGCAGUGUGUGCCCUGUACUCUGGAUGAAGUGCGACCCCCCACCACACCUGAGGGCCGUAACGAUUGAGAAAGCUCUGUUGGAGCAGCUGUCUCCUUCCUCAGCGGCACCGACGAGAGCGAGCUGGCUGAGCUGGAUAAAGCUCUGGGUAUCGACAAACUGGUGCAGGGUGGCUGUUUUGACCCUAACCCUCCGACCUUCAGCACCCAGCAACCCCCUGCCUCCCCCGGUUCGAUGGACCCUAAACUCCCUUCCUACCCGUCCCAGUUCACCGCAGCUCCACAGGCUCAGUUUCCUCCAGAGCUGGUGGCUGCGGGGCCCCAGGGUCUGGGGUUUGGAGCUCCUCGAGGGGCUUUUCCUGGGGGAACGACGGGCAUCGGGAUCAGACCGGGCAUGACUCGUCCUCAGGGGGGGGUCCCGGCGCUCAGACUGCCCCCCAACACUCUGCGUCUGCAGCUGCAACAGAGACUGCAAGGACCACAGCAGCUGCAGAACAGGAUGUCAGGAAUGACUGCGUUUCCUGCAGGAACCCCCCCACAUGUGAACAUAGGGAUUCGUCCGGGGGUCCAACAGCCGCAGAUGCCCUCGCAGCAGCCUCCCCUGAACGCCCAGAUGCUGGCCCAGCGUCAGAGGGAGCUCUACAGCAUCCAGCACCGCCAGAGGCAGAUGUUCCAGCAGAAAGUCCUGCUGAUGAGACAGAACCUGGCCGUUGCUCCGACUAAAGGCCCUCCAACAACGCCUCAACCGCAGCAGCAGCAGCAGCAGUUCACCUUCCCACCAGGGUACAAACAGCCCAAUGACGGGAAAACCCCCCCCUCACCGAGUCCCUUCAGCCCCCUGUCCCCCGGGGCUCCUCUGGACAACAAGCUGCCCGGCAGAGUCCCUGUGAGCAACCCCACGCUGAUGAGUGGCGUUCAGGGCCAGUUCAGCAGCUCCGUCAACGCCUCGCUGCAGCAGGGACUGUUCCAGCAGUUCGGAGGGGCCGUAAUCGCCCAGGCAGACCCAUCUUUCCCUCCGGAGAUGAGCCCGACCAGCCCGUUGUUGUCGCCUCAAAACUCAACCUCCCAGAGUCCUUUGCUGCAGCAACCCCCGCCCCCUGGCUACCAGUCACCAGAAAUGAAGAGCUGGCAACAGACCGGCAUGAGCAGCAACAGCCUGUUCGGUUCGUCAGGACAGAGUGCAGGGCAGGCGUUUGGCCAGCAGGGGGUUUACAACAACAUGAGCAUCACCGUCUCCAUGGCGCCCGGGUCAGGGGUCGGAUCUCUACCUGCCAUGGGGCAGCCGGUGGGCCUCAGCAACAGUAACCUCAGCAACGUGGGCUCAGUGUGCAGCGACCAGCAGGUGCAGCAGGUCCAGGUGUUUGCAGACGUCCAGUGCACCGUGAACCUGGUUGGCAGCGACUCCUCCUACCUGAACGCGGGUCCCAUCGGAGCGCCGACCCCCCAGAAGGGUCCUCAGGGGUCCCAGAGCCCAGCAGCCAAUCAGAAGAGCCUCCUCCAGCAGCUGCUCACCGAGUGACGACGCCUCAACGACUCCUCCUCGGCCCCUCUUCUACUCUCCUCUGUCUCACAUGUACACCUCGAAGGUCGGAGCACCAUUAGCCGUCUCUGUCUCACCGCUCGGAUGGAACGAUGGAUUAUUUUGGGAUGCUUUGACGCCCAAAUCAGUGGAGGUUUGGAUUCACUUAGCCUCUCCACUUCUGGAUCUUGGUACUUCUUUUGAGAGAAAAGUCAGAAGGAGCAGCAGUGUAUUUAAACCUGCCUGUCUAAUCUGUCUGACAACCUGUCUGUCUGCCUCAGCCUAUCAAAAGGCAGUGUUGUCUUGCUGCUCAUUCCUUGAUGACCUACUUCCUGCUUCCUUAACCCGAGAAAAAAAACAACUGCAACAUUAUUGUAGAUUUGCCAAGUUGUCGUCACUGUCAAAUCAGGGCCGGGCUCCGUUUAUUUUGUCUCUGUCGCAGCAGCAGCAGUGCAUCUUGGGAGCUUUGAGUUGCAGCAUA